AUGGACACUGACGGCGCCGGCAUGGGCUCAAGGCAGAAUCCAAAUCUCCCAUCAGAUGACACCCAGAACCCAGAUGUAUUGGCUCCAGCGCCCAUUCAGAACUGUCGUCAUGGAAACAGAGGAGGAUUCAGAGCCAUCCUCACCGUGUCUUUCCAAGCCAUGGAGCAGAAGGUGGAGGAUGUUCUAAAACUCCAGUGUGAGCAAAGGCAGAAACUUUAUGAAGACUCUUCUCUUCAGAUCCUGAGUUUGAAUAGGAAGUUAACCGCAGAUGCACAUCAAGUCAAGAAUCAGGCAGAAAAUCUCGCUACUAUGUUUAUGGAGCAACGGAAGUUGGUUCACCAAUCCCUGACCCUUCAGAAGGAGAGGAUGGAGGAAUUUAAAUCACUGUGCGAGCAAUACUUGGAGAAACUUGAGUUGCUGAGGGACUCUCGGGGAAAUUCCGUGGCUGAAGAGCUGAGGCGUCUCAUAGAGACCUUGGAAAUGAAAAUGCUGAUGGUCAACCGCCAGCAAGAGAGUGCUGCUGCUGCUCAACAGUCCCUCCUGGACCUGUUAUUCUCAUAA